AUGGCAUCGAACAAUGCUUCGGAGAACUCUGUGCUGGCACGGCCUUCCAGUAGUGAAGCUCCCCCCGAUGGAACAGGGGUCAUCCAGCUCGAUCCAUGGCUCGAACCCUACAAGGAUGCUUUGAAACAUCGAUUCAUAAAGACCCAGAACUGGCUUAAGACGAUUGCCGAGAUAGAAGGAGGCUUGGAAAAAUUCUCACGGGGCUACGAGCAUUUCGGCUUUACAUUUGCUCCUGAUGGAACUAUAACCUAUCGCGAAUGGGCCCCCAAUGCUGAGCAAGCCUUUCUCAUUGGAGACUUCAACAACUGGGACAGACAUGCUACACCUUUGAAAAAGAACAACUUCGGGGUCUGGGAGAUCACUCUACCUCCACAACACGGGGUGCCUGCAAUACAACACAACACAAAGGUGAAGAUCUCUCUGGUGAUUCCAGGAGGUGAGCGGAUAGAGAGAAUACCAGCAUGGAUCACAAGAGUCACCCAGGAUCUCUCAGUCUCUCCUGUCUACGAUGCCGUACUAUGGAAUCCACCCCAGUCCGAGCGCUAUGUGUUCAAGAAUCGCCGACCUCCUCAGCCGAAGAGUGUGCGUGUCUACGAAGCCCAUGUUGGAAUCUCUUCACCCGAGCUCAAGGUGGCGACAUACAAAGAAUUCACCAAGAACAUGCUACCUAGGAUUAAGUCUCUGGGGUAUAAUGUUAUACAACUGAUGGCUAUCAUGGAGCACGCCUAUUAUGCAAGUUUUGGCUAUCAGGUCAACUCGUUCUUUGCAGCCAGUUCUCGAUUUGGAAACCCUGAAGACCUGAAAGAGCUCAUUGAUACAGCUCACGGAAUGGGCCUCACCGUUCUUUUGGAUGUUGUACAUUCCCAUGCAAGCAAAAACACCCUGGAUGGUCUUAAUAUGUUUGACGGCAGCGACCACCUAUAUUUCCAUGAAGGCGCAAAAGGCCGGCAUGAGCUGUGGGAUUCGCGACUGUUUAAUUAUGGCCACCACGAGGUUUUACGCUUCCUGCUAUCGAAUCUUCGCUUCUGGAUGGAGGAAUAUCAGUUUGACGGCUUUCGGUUUGAUGGAGUGACCUCUAUGCUCUACACUCACCAUGGUAUCGGCACUGGUUUCUCGGGAGGCUACCACGAAUAUUUUGGCCCUUCUGUCGAUGAAGAUGGCGUGGUGUAUCUGAUGUUGGCAAACGAGAUGCUCCACGACAUAUACCCCAACAGCAUCACAAUUGCGGAGGAUGUUUCCGGGAUGCCUGCAUUGUGUCUGAAACUGUCGCUGGGUGGUGUUGGAUUUGACUAUCGCCUCGCCAUGGCGGUACCGGACAUGUGGAUCAAGCUAUUGAAAGAGAAAGCCGACGACCAAUGGGAUAUCGGCAACAUUGCUUUCACCCUGACCAACCGACGACACGGCGAGAAGACAAUCGCUUACGCUGAAUCGCACGACCAGGCACUUGUGGGAGAUAAAUCGUUGAUGAUGUGGCUCGCUGAUGCAGAGAUGUACACGCAUAUGUCAACAUUGACUGAACUCACCCCAAGGAUUGAACGAGCAAUGUCGCUGCAUAAGAUGAUCCGACUGGUCGUCCACGGACUUGGUGGAGAAGGCUACCUCAAUUUUGAAGGCAAUGAAUUUGGCCAUCCUGAAUGGCUCGACUUCCCUCGCGCAGGCAAUGACAACUCCUUCUGGUACGCGCGGAGACAGUUCAACUUGACUGAGGAUAAUCUGCUACGGUACAGGUUCCUGAACGAAUUCGACCGGACAAUGCAAUGGACCGAGGAAAAGUAUGGCUGGCUUCACUCCCCUCAGGCUUACGUCUCGCUCAAGCAUGAAGGCGAUAAAGUCCUCGUCUUUGAACGGGCGGGACUGUUGUGGAUCUUCAACUUCCACCCCACGAAUUCUUUUGCGGAUUAUCGUGUUGGGGUGGAGCAGGCAGGCGUCUAUAGGAUUGUGAUUGACACAGACGCACUUGAGCAUGGCGGUUUUGGAAGGAAUGCAAAGGACACGAGGUUCUUCACCACUGAUUUUUCCUGGAACGGCCGGAAGAACUACACCCAGGUGUAUAUCCCUGCACGAACGGCUUUGGUAAGUCAUCACCGCAUCCCGAAGUUGUAA